CACACGGUGGUGAUUAUCUUCUACCUCUUGCUUGCUUGCUGUAUUGUUGCUGGGGCUUGUGGGAAAUAAACAUGGAAACUGAUACGCUGUUUGUGUGCUCAUGGUAUCAACUUUGACAAGGAUGGCAAACUGAUCAAAUGGUGUGAAUCGCCAUGUCAGAUCUUCUGCUCAGAGAAAUGGAGGAGCUCACUCUAUACCAACCGAAAAGGGAGGGCGAGGAGGCGGGAAACGGCAGGAGUUUCCUCUUGGUGGACGAAAACGAGAAUCUGCAGGUACAGGAUGAGCUGGAUUUCCUGGAGAGGCUGGACUGCCGGGCGGUGGAGGGGGUCAAGGUGCUCUCCGUCUUCGGGAACACGGGCGACGGGAAGUCCCACACGCUGAACCACUGCCUGUUCGGAGGGGAGGAGGUGUUCCCCACCUCACCCCUGCAGGACUCCUGCACCGUGGGGGUGUGGGCGGCCUUUGAGCCUGCGCUGGGGCUGGUGGCGCUGGACACAGAGGGGCUCCUGGGCGCCAGCGGCAAUCAGAACCAGCGCAUGCGACUGCUGCUCAAGGUGCUGGCGGUGUCGGACGUGGUGGUCUACCGCACGCGGGCCGAGCGGCUGCACAACGACAUGUUCCAGUUCCUGGGCAGCGCCUCCAGCGCCUACCUACGCCACUUCACCCGCGAGCUCCGUGCCCUCUCAAGCCGCUGCGGGCUAGAGGUGCCCCUGUCUAGCCUGGGCCCAGCCAUCAUCGUCUUCCAAGAGACCUCCCGCACCAGGCUGCUCGGCUGGGAGAGCAGCACGCCCGGUCAGGCAGACAUCCUGCUGCAGAAGCGCUUCCACGAGCUGGGGCUGUCCACCGAGGCGUUCAGCUCCGUGCAGUACGUGGGCACGCAGACCGUCAGCCCCCCCACAGACUACUCAGGGCUGCUGAGCGCCCUCAAACAGCAAGUGAGCAACACAGCCACGCGCUCGCCCAGACCCCCUGCCAUCGUCUACAGUGCACUGCAGGCUCUGAGUGAGCGGUUCUGCGGAGAGAUCUCGGAUGAGAAAAUCAACCUGUACUGCUUCUUCCCUGACGAGUAUUUCACCUGCUCCUCCGUCUGUCUGAGCUGUGGGGUGCGCUGUAAGAAUGGCAUGAAUCACCUGAGAGACAACAUUCCUCACCUGGCUGAGGGCCUGUGCCAGUAUGCACACCAGUACAACAACAAGGUGCUCAUCUGUAAGAAAUGCUACGAAGGAGGCAGGGAGGUGAUUGUGAUCCCUAAAACAUCAGCGUCCAAUGAGAAUCCCUGGCUUGGACUGGCCAUGUAUGCCUGGUCAGGGUACGUGCUGGAGUGCCCUUGCUGUGGGAUUAUCUACCGCAGCCGGCAGUACUGGAUUGGGAACCAGGACCCGGAGAGCUGUGUGGUGCGGCCCGAGGUCAAGCACGUCUGGCCUGGGAGCGAGACGUUCUUGACGGACCAUCAGAACGCAGCGCAGCGCAUGCUGGACGGGAUGAACUUCGUGAUCCAGUCUGUCUCUGAUUACAGCUCAGGACCCACCAAAGCUGUCACAGCCUGGAUCACUGACCAGGUGGCGCCGCCCUACUGGAGACCAAAUGCAGACAUUACUGCCUGCUCGGGGUGUAAGAAGCUGUUUGAAGAGCCCGAGAGGAAGCACCACUGCCGGGCCUGCGGGGAGGGCUUCUGCCAGGCCUGCUCCAGCAAGACCAUGCCGGUUCCAGAGAGGGGCUGGGGCAGCACGCUUGUCCGCGUCUGCGAUUCCUGCUACCGCCAAGGAGGAGGGGGGAGCGACGUUCCCAGGACUGAACCGGUGGGUCUGAUGGCUCGCAAGGUGACAGAGGUGGCUCAGAGCACGGUGGACUUUGUUUCUACUGCGAUGGACUAUCCUCUCGGUUUCGUGAAGGGAGUGGCCCGGCCUGACUACUGGGUACCAGACCACGAGAUCCAGCAAUGUGGGCACUGCAGUAAAGCGUUCUCCGCCAGGAUGUCGAAGCACCACUGCCGGGCCUGCGGGGGCGGGUUCUGUGCCCAGUGCUCGAGCGAGCGGCGCCCAGUGCCGUCCCGCGGCUGGGACCACCCUGUGCGGGUCUGCAUCCACUGCAGCCAGAACAAAGGGGAGCUGUAGGCAAGCCACUUGGGCAGUGUGUUAGCUUUCCCUUUUAAAGUGAGUCAGAUUUUCUGUUGCUGUUGAUAGGCCCAGGGACUGGUUGUUCAAACUUUUCAGACCUUAGAAAAAACAUAAAACCUGGUCUGGUGAAAAUACAGGAAGCAUGUUGGGUUUCAGUGAGGCAAGAAAAAACUCUAGAAUAAACCUUUGCUGGGUUUCUCAUUGACUUUUUAAUGUUAGAAUCUGGAGACAGAGUGUGAACCCACAGAGCACUUCUGAAAUCAUUGUUCACAGGCAACAACAGGUUUUACCAUAGACAUGAUUCCCAGCACAGCUAACAAGGGGUCAGGACAGAAUGUUCUAUCAGGGAUUGUGAAAGUUCACCCUGUUUUAAUUAGGUUGGUUUGAUUCAUUUUUAAUAUUGUUGCUGUUUUGAAUUCAAGCCAUGCAAAAUAGAAAACAUAAUGAAUACACAAUUGGGAAAUGGUUAACUAGUUAAUCUUUGUACAGUGAUACAUAAAACAAGAACUGCUUUGGAUAAUCCAUUUCUAUGUACAUAGUAAUUAGUAUGUAUUAUUAAUAAUAAUAAUAAUAAUAAUAAUAAUAAUAAUAAUAAUAAUAAUAUGCACCUUUCUUUUUCCAGCUUUGGUAUGUAAGUCAGCUGUAUAUUUUUUAUCUAAGUUUAAAGAAAUGCCACAAAAGAAUGAAACAUUUUUGUAAUGAGUUGAUAUGAAUAAUAAAUACUUUUAAAUGA